AUGUCAUCAUUAACAGACGAGGAGCAAAACUUCCCCAUUGCGUAUUCUUUAGUCGUGUACAAAGAUUCCGAAAUGGUGGAACGGCUGCUGCGGGCCGUCUACAGACCACAAAACUACUAUUGCAUACAUGUGGACCUCAAGGCGACCGAAAGCUUCCACAAGGCCAUGGCGGCCAUAGCUCAAUGUUUCCCUAACGUGUUAUUAUCUAACAAGAGGGUUGACGUCAAAUGGGGUACAUUCACGGUGCUAGAGUCUGAGCUCGUCUGCAUGAAGGAA